UUUUCUCCGUGCACUUUCUAGGCCUUUGUCGCCAAACUAGAAUGAAGUGUUAGAAACCAUGGCUCUCAUCUCGGGGACCCCGCGGUGUACCCCAGGAGUCAUGGAUGGUGCACACGCAGGAAACUUAUUUCAAAGGUCUUACCAGGGUUCACCACCACGGGCCUCUGACAUUCUCCUGGGAGCGGGGGUGCCGUCUCCCACCCCCCUGGCCAGCGGUGACAGAUGUACACCUCUUAGAGAAGAGCUCCAGCACCAACCGCACUGGAGACUCACUUGUACGCCAUGCCAAGGGCCUGGGCCAGGACACCUUCAAAAUUUGUAAAGAAUAUCUAAGGCCACUGAAGAAGUUCCUGCGAAAGUUGAACCUGCCCAAGGACCUUCCCCAGAAGAAGAAGCUAAAGUACAUGAAGCAGAGCCUGGUGGUCCUAGGGGACCACAUCAACACCUUUCUGCAGCACUACUGCCGAACCUGGGAAAUCAAGCACUGGAGGAAGAUGCUCUGGCGAUUUGUUUCUCUCUUCUCAGAAUUGGAGGCAAAACAGCUUCGCAGGCUCUACAAGUACACCAAGAGCAACCAGACGGCCAAGCUCCUGGUGAGGCGCUCAGGAAAGCUCCUCCCGGGCCCAGCUGAGGGUUGGCUGGUGGCGGUCUGCCCCUUGGACGUCCCGGAGAGCUCCUUGCUGGCGGACCAGGAAGACAACCUGCCCAAGCUCUGCAGCGCCUGGGGACUGCACAAUAACAUCAGCGGCAUGAAGGAGAGGCUGUCCAAGAUGCAGGCUCCCCACGGAGAGGCCUCUCUGUUGGGGGAGCUCACAUCCCUGACCCGGGUCAGGAAAGGUUCUCUAAGGAAACUUCCUCACAAAACAAAGCCCAAGAGAAAGCAGAUUGAGGAAGCCCCGGAGACCCCAGAGACCUGCCCAUAAGAACUGCCAGCCGGGACAGAAGGCCAGCGUGUCCUGGCUCCCAGACCACUUGUCUUCAACACCCCUGCAUCCUGGGGGCUGGAGACCAGUGGGGGGAAAGAAGAAAACUGUCUUUGUCAAAAGGAUGCUCAAGUCUUAGUUAUGUAUAAAGGGGGCAGGAAAUAAACAUCCUUUAAGACAGUUCUACCUUA